AUGGACACAGUUGUUAGUAAUGGAUGGGCACAAUACGUGGGCCCAGGGGGCGAGGUCGUUACAGUCAUAAUGCUGUUUCUGCCAAUCCUUUUCGUGGUUGUGGCUACUUUAAUGCCCAACCCUCUUCCAACAACUGUAUCACUGCCUCUUUCGGCGAUACUCAUGUAUCUAGUGCGCCUCGCAUACCUUGGCAGCAAUGUGAUAAACUCUAGUGCUGCAUUAGUCUCAGGUUUUCCCGAAGUUCUUACGCCAUUGACGAUCAUCUGCGGUGCCAUGUACCUCUUCAAGAUAAUGGAGGUUACCGGAUGUAUGCCCUGGAUUAUGCGCGAACUCAAAAUUCUCUCCAAAGGGCAUCCAGUGGCAGAAUUCAUGCUGAUUGGGUACUGCUUCGCAUAUCUAGUGGAAGGUGUAAGUGGGUUCGGAACUCCCACAGCGCUCGCAGCUCCUAUGUUAGCACAAUUAGGACACAACCCAAUCAUGUGUAUCGUUGCUAUCUUGCUAACGAACACUAUGGCCACAGUUUUCGGUGCCGUGGGCACUCCAAUUUGGUAUGGAUUCGGAAGUUUGGUUGACACCUACUAUCCUGGCCAAGAGACUUGA